AUGGUGCUGUCGCUGCCAGUCCCCUUCUCUAGAUCCUCCGCAUCCCGCCCCGCUGACGGCACGCAAUCUCACCGAAAGUCAUCCUCCGCUUCUUCAACCAGCUCCUCGUCCAGUCGCAAUGCCGGAAAGCCAUCUCUAGGACAGACUGGCUCCUCUCCAAACAGCUACUCCAUCACCCUCGAAGCGCUACGAAAUAACCCUUUUGGCAGUGCCUCCCGAUCCCGCCCCAUCCAGCUCUCGGCCCACAAAACAGAGGAACACAAGCGGGAACUAGAGGAACUCAAUACUGCACUCGAGACUCUGGUUCGAAUCUUCCCCGAUGUACAGAUAGAGGUGUUUCGUGAGCUGCUGCUACGAUUCGACGGACAGAGCCGGUUACAAGUGUGCGUGGAGGAGCUACUCAGGCACAAGAAGAAAUGGGUUUCGGGCCGGUGGAAUCUCCCGGAAAGAACCACCGAAACUGAGGCAGAGGGGAGUGCCCACACAGCUCCUGGGGCCGGAAGCUUUGCUCGACAGGACGUUGGCAAUGGUGGCCUGGUCGCUCCCGAUGAGCGGUUUCGGUCCGAUGAAUACAAGGCCGCUGUGCGGAUGGCCAUGACAAGAGAAUAUAACAGUCUGAACAAAAGUACAGUGGAGGCUGUCCUAGCUGAAGUGAAUUUCAGCUAUGCUCGGGCUCGACCGACGCUCCGAGAUCUGUCGCGUCGGACAUGGCGCGCGACAUUUAACAGCAUGUUCCCGUCUUUCAGGCGAAAGAAGGACCGCGAAGAACAUCCGCUUCUGACUUGGCAUCGUCGAGCAGACGGGGAACUUGUUCCUCAGAAGCGUGAAGAGCAGCGUGAUAAGGAUUUCCGAUUUGCUUCAGAGUUGAACGAGAAGGAAGCCCAAGAACUCAAUGCCCUUUACGAAUGCGAGUGUUGUUUCGCCGACGUGACAUUUGAGCAGAUCGCGACAUGUUCAACCAAUACUCAUGUCAUUUGCUACCACUGCAUCCAGAGAACCGUAUACGAAGCGUUGUUUGGACAGGGUUGGGGCAAGUCUGUCGAUCUGGAGCGCUCUACUUUGAAAUGUCUUGCGCCGUUAUCAGUCGGGUCGUGCGAGGGAUGUCUUCAUCCGGAGAUUGUCAAGCAGGCAAUUCUUCUCGACACGGCUGGCUUCGAGACAUACCGCAAAUUCGAAGAUCGGCUCUCCUCUGAGGCGCUUAUGAAGUCCCAGCUGAAGCUUGUUAGAUGUCCAUUCUGCUCAUAUGCUGAAAUCGACCCAGUAUACCACCCUUCAUCCCAUGGUGUCCGCUGGCGGUUCCGUCGUGACGGUGGCAUUAUUCCUACGAUUUUGAUGACCCUUCUCCUCCUUGACCUUGUCCCCUUACUUGUAAUCCCUGUUUUUAUUCUGCUCCUUUGGGACCCAGCUACCGUAACAGCGGUCUUCGGGAAUGCCAUUCGUAACCUCCGUCUCAAGAUCCGACCAAAACGAUUCGCCUGUGCCAACCCCUCCUGCUCACGCAUUAGCUGUAUGACAUGCCAGAAAUCGUGGCGAGAUCCACAUGUGUGUCAUGAGCCGUUACUCCUGGACUUGCGCGCUACCGUUGAGGCUGCCCGCACCGCUGCCGUGAAGCGCACCUGUCCCCGCUGCUGCCUCUCAUUCGUCAAGUCCUCGGGGCACUUGGUCGUCCUAUACGAACUGCUGCGCCUGCCCGUGCCCCCCCGCGGGUUAGAUGCCUUUGAUGGCCCGGGCGAUAUAGCCGACGAUCCAUUUAACGAUGAACAGGUUGCAGGCAACAUGUCCGACGACGACGAAUUUGAAGAACCAGAAGGCUACAAACACUUCUGCGAGCACUUCCGCAUCAACCCUGGGUCCCGCUGCACAGAAUGCACCAAGUGCAAUCUCUACCAAGCAGAAGACGAGGAAGCCGUCGCCCGCCGCGCGGGCGAGAAAGCCGAGCGUGAAUGGCGGAUCAGACAAGGCGCUUCCGGUGCCAACAAUCCAACUUCAGCUGCUGGAUUCCGCAAUGUCAAUCAUGAUUUAUCGACAGGGACCGAUAGCCACUCUACGAAUCGCCGCGCGACGGCUUCAAUUUGGGAUCUGCAGCUUACAUCUUUGAGUAGGCUGUGGGGUUAUUGGCUCAGUGAUGUGUGGGCUGAUGGACGGUGGAGACUCGAGGGUCAGGCUUUUGCGGACUGGGUUGUGGAACGGGUGAUCGAAGUUGAGGACGUAUGA